AUGGGAAGAGCACCUUGCUGUGACAAAAAUGGACUCAAGAAAGGUCCUUGGACACCAGAGGAAGAUCACAAGCUCAUCACUUAUAUUCAGCUUCAUGGACCUGGCAACUGGCGCUCCCUGCCCAAAGAUGCUGGGCUCCAAAGAUGUGGAAAGAGUUGUCGACUUCGGUGGACAAACUAUCUGAGACCUGAUAUCAAGAGAGGGCGAUUUUCAUUUGAAGAAGAAGAGAGUAUAAUUCAACUCCACAGUAUUUUGGGAAACAAGUGGUCUGCUAUAGCAGCUCGUUUACCAGGAAGAACUGACAAUGAAAUCAAGAAUUAUUGGAACACUCACAUAAGAAAAAGGUUGCUUAGAAAUGGAAUUGAUCCUGUCACUCAUGCCCCACGUCUCGAUCUUCUAGACCUAUCCUCCAUUCUAAGUUCAGCUUUGUGUAACCCAUCAUCACUUCUCAAUCUGUCAACUUUGGUGGGCAAUACUCAGGCGCUACUAAAUCCUGAUCUCUUAAGAUUAGCCACUACUCUAUCAUCAUUGAAACAAGAAAAUUCAGACCUGUUUUUGCAACAACUACAAGAAAACCAGUUUUGUAAUUCACUGUUACAAAACCAAGCUGUCCCUGCAUUAUCAUCACAGCCUAGCCAGUUUGAGAAUCUAGCUCAACAAGUUCCUGCUUGCACUACAACUACAUCUACUGCUCCAUUCCUUAACCAAACAACACAACUUAUGCAAGAAAAUGUGGAAGGUUUUUCGUCGCAUCCGACGAGUACAUUUAGCUGCCAAAAUUCCCAAGAAAAUUUCGUGCCUUCAAGUUUGAAUGAUAGUUUGGUUUCACAGCCAAACUUUUAUUGCAGUAGCACUUCUACAAAUCCUACAGUUCCUGCACUUGGAGAGUUCUCAGGAUUCCAACCAGUAAACAAUGGCUAUCAGAACUUUAGCAUUGACUCGGUUUUGUCAACGCCAUUAAUGAGCCCGGAUCCAUUGAAUUCAUCAUCAACACAUGUCAACAGCAGCAGCACUGAGGAUGAGAGGGAGUGCUACAGCAGCUUUUUGAAGUUUGAAAUUCCUGAGAGUUUGGACAUUGAUGAUUUCCUGUAA